AUGCAGCAGAAGGAGGCUGAAGAGCUCGCUAAGAUUGCCGCACGAGACAAGGCCAAGCGGGAGAACUGGAGGCCUCGUGACACUCCAAGUCCAGGGAGGGGAGCUUUCCCUGUUAGAAGCAAGGAUGGCGACCUGCCUGUAAUCAGAUCACCUGGAUCAAGGUCUGAUCUUGAUCGAAUCAACAACUUCAAUGCUGAGAGGCCGCAACGUUAG